GCUGCCAUAGACACCCUGCGAUCAGUGCAUCCUCAGACACUUGGAACAGUCUCAUUCUCACACGGCAGAAGUCUCAGAACCUGAAAUGCAUGUUUUUAGGAUUGUCGAGAAGAGGUAAUCGUCCUGAUGAAGCCCAUGAACACAUGACCAAGAAAAGACAGUGACAUGCGUCUCAUUAGACGGGGAAAGGCUGUGGUGUCAAUCAAGCGCCUUAAUGUUUUGUUGUGUGUGUGUGCAGCAGUCACUUCUGAUCAAGACUUGAAAGGCGAGAUCGGCCAGUUACAGAUGCACAAUAAGGGUGUGAUAAUUCAGUAGCAGGAAGAAAGCCAAACAUUGAAGUGGAAUCUUUCAGAAAAUUGCUAAAAAUAAAAUCUGUAUGUUGGUUUAAAUAUGUUUGACUCCAAGGUUUUGAAUUACAUUCUGAGUGUGUUUUCUGUAAACCUCCUUGGUGCUGAUUGUCCUUUAUUUGUGUAUUAAUCUCAAACAAGCAUCUGGACAUUGAACCUGCAGUUUCCAAGUAUUUUGAAAACACUUGCAUGGAACGUGCUGCUAAACUUGGAGGAACUUUCCCUGCAGCUUCCCCGAAUGCUUGUUUUCUUCUACUUUACAUGCUGUCAUCUGCAGAACUUCACUCUUGUUUGAAAGGCCUGUUUGAAAAAAAAAAACAAAUUGUAGCCACAAAUGCACUGAAAGCAUGGAGGUUAUAAGUGUUUUUCUGAUGACAGUGCUUACAGUCAACAGUGGACUGAAUUGCUCAGAGGUUGAUUGUGUCUACAGUACCUACACUUUCCCACAUAUGCUAAAGGUGCAUGCACAGAAAGUCAGGAGUGCGUUUUGUUUUUUAGGUUUUCCACCUGAGCUACCAUUCUAUGAGCUGAACAAACUUUUCCUAAAGAAAAUAAGUAAAUUUCCAAAUCAGAAAUAAAUGUUCAACUUUUUCUACUCAUCUUCCAAGACCUUUAAGUUGCCUUGUUUUGCAAUUUUUUGUAACUGUCCCCAUUUUCAAUGAAACUUUCUGAAUUUGUGCACUCUGUAGCAUCCACAGUGGCCUGUAAUAGCAGCUUCCUGCCAGUGGAGGACUAACAGCUUCUUAGGUUGGAAUGUUGUUCUGUACACAAGUUUGGAACCACCUCCUGCUUUUCAGAUAAGUAUGAAAGGCUGACGCGCCUGCUCGCACUGUUACCUGCCUCGUCACAUGUACCUGCAGACCUGCCAGAUGGAUGGGAAAGAUAAGAACCAAUAGGUGAAGAAAGAGUUCAGAGACAAGUCUCACUAGAACACAGACAGCAAAAGGAGAACAUCAAGGCGCCAUGUCUUCAUCAAAACCAGAAGAGACUUUGGCACAGGAGCUGAGCUGCCCCAUCUGCCUCCAGCUCUACCAGGAUCCAGUGGUCCUCCCCUGUGGCCACAACUACUGUCGGGACUGCAUCAGCAAGAGUUCUGACACCGUGGACGUCAGCAGUAAAGUGUUACCCCGGUGCCCUGAGUGCCGCGAGGAGUUCAAUGGUAUGGACUCACUGCAGAAGAACUUCAAGCUGUGCAACAUCAUCGAGGGUUAUCGCUCCAGCUCGGCUGUGAGGGAGGCCCAGUCUGACCCGGAGGUCAAAUCCACCUACCUCUGUGACUACUGCAUAGACAGCCCAUCACCUGCCGUAAAGACCUGCCUGAAGUGCGAGGUGUCGUUGUGCUCCAGGCACCUCCAGAAGCACCAGGAGAAGGAGAGCUUCAGGAACCACUCCAUGGCGCAGCCCCAGGAGGAGGUGGACGUGAAGACCUGCAUCCUCCACUGCUGCCCCCUUGAGUACUUUUGCUCCAACGACAUGACCUCUCUGUGCGCCAAGUGCUUUGUGGAAGGACAACACCAGAAUCACGAUGUCCUGACCUUCAGCGUCGCUGAGGAGGAGAUGAGAAGAGCGCUGGAGAACCGCAGCAAGAUUCUUUCGACACGCCUGCAGCUCACACAGAGCCUCCUGCAGAAGGUGACAAAUGACCAGGGAGUCUCCGAGGCCAUAGCAGAGAAAAUCGUCAACAAGGCAGUCUCACUCAUGGACAGCAUUGUGGGACUGGUGGACAGGUACAGGGACCGUCUGCUGACGGUGUUGGAGGAGGAGAGGGGGCAGCGCAGGAAAAGCACGCAGUUGGAAGUGAACGCACUGGGGGAGUCGCAGCAGCAGCUGCUGGAGAUCCAGAGGAAAACUGCACAGGUGCUCAAUGAGAGAGAUACAUGCCUCUUCAUACGCAGAUUUAUGAUGAUAGAAGAACAGCUGAGGGAUGCUGUCACGAGCAAUUUCUCCAACAAAAUCUCCCUAAGCCCUCCAGUCAACACCAAGCGCCUGCAGACCAGCCUGAAAACCCUGGACUUCCGCUCAGAAAUGACCCGGCUCAUCGAUGCCCUUCACAUCCUCCUCAACCCGCAGGAGCUCACCUUUAACGUUUGUACCGCCCACCCCAACUUAAAUGUGUCCACUGACCUGUGCACAGUCAGGUUCACCUCCAACAAGCAGCCCUACAUGGACCACCCGGAGCGCUUCACCAGUGCGCCGCAGGUUCUAUGCAGCCAGGGCUUCUCCAGCGGUCAGCACGUCUGGGUGGUGGAAGUUGGGCCCAACUGCAUGUGGGCCAUGGGCGUGUGCUACAAGAGCAUCCCACGCCGCGGUGACCACAGCCGUCUGGGUCACAACACCGUGUCUUGGAGACUCCAGUGGAAAAAUGGCAAACUCACCGUGUGCAGCUCCUCCAGUAAUGUUGUGAUUCCAGAGAAAAAGCCUCAUCCAACCAAACUGGAGAUGGCGCUGGACUAUGAGGGUGGAACCCUGACGUUCCACAGCAUCAAAGGCAGCAGAGAGCACAUCUACACCUUCAAAGCUGUGUUCAAAGAACCCGUUUUCCCAGCAUUCAGCAUUCAUUCAAGCAACCCAGACUCCUGGAUCACGCUUCAUAAUGGAAUGUAGAAUGACUGUUCACUAUCAACUUUACAGAACAUUUUGGAGAUCCACAAGCCAAGGCAUUCCUUUAACACGAAAGCUUUGUUCUUUUUUUUGUUUAUAAAAGACACAAACUAUCAUUUAUGGUGUAUCAUAUGUUUUAAAUUCCUAAAUGUUAAUUUAAAUCUUGUAAUGACAAAAGUAUUGACUUAUUGAUGGGGAGGAAUUACUGAGAAACAAUAAUUCUAAAUAUAUUUACACUUAUGAGCAAAAAACAACUAAUACAAUAAAACAUGUUUACAGUU